AUGAAUAACAUCCCAGCUGGACUACGGUCCGUCGAUAUUGGGCGCUUUGCCAUCCGGGCUGCUCAGAUCGAACAGGCCAAACCGGUCGUUGCCUACUGGUGCAAUUUCCAUAUCGUGAACCAGAUCAUUGAAAGGGGCCUCCACAAUUCCGACAAUGAGAUCAUGCAAUACACCACCAGUCUGGUGGACAAAUUGGAACGGUUUAAAGUCGAGAACCCAGGAGACGAGACAGUCACAGAUGAAGUUGCAGCAAGUGCCUAUGUCGAACAGUUUGGACUGGAAGUCUUUGGUCGCGCCGAGGCUGCUAUGAACGCCAACAAAGUCACCAAGCAAACCGCAGAUACAUUCCAAGCAGCAGCUACUUUCCUCGAAUUGUGCUCCAUCUGGGGCGCCGACCCAGAGAUAGCUGGGCGCAUCAAGUUCGCCAAGUUCCACGCCCUUCGCAUCGUCAAGGCCUUCAAAGCCGGAGAAGACCCCAAUGAGACGAACCCUGCCCCGAAGGAAGACGAGCAGGUAGUUGAAGAUCCCGACGUGCAAGCCUUCGACGAGUCAGUAGCAGAACAAGCCUCCAAACCCAGUCAACCCUCAAUCGAAGAGAUCCCAGACGAAUCAGACCGCCUCGGACGAGACCUAGCACGCAAGUCAACCCUUGACGAAUCGCUUCACCCAUCCCGCACUUCAUCCACACCUCGUCCAACCUUCACUUCCCAGCCCGAGAUCCCCUCCGUCCCGCGCAACGCACCCGGCUCACCCGCUCUGCCAACGGACACCGACUAUUCUGGCCCAGGCCUGGAACUCCCUGAUACCCCAGCAACAAUUGGAGGAUCCUCCUCUGGACCAGGUCCAACCCUCCCCGAUACCCCAACCUCUUUCCAGUCUUUCCCCCCUCCAUCCAACCACCCCUCUGUAGACCCUGCUUCCUUCUACGACUCCGCCACCAAUGCCAGUGCGAAUCUUCCUCCCCCGGCUGCUCCGCCCGCUGCGCCCGCCCCAGCUGCUUACAUCCCUUCUGCCCCUGCACCCUAUGUACCCCCUCAGCCAUCUCACGGGAUCGAUGAUGCCUCGGUUCAAAUGGCGCAGAAGCAUGCGCGCUGGGCGGUGUCUGCGUUGACCUUUGAUGACGUUGAUACUGCGAUUAAAGAGUUGCAGAACUCGCUGAAAUUACUGGGGGCGGCAUGA